UGACAGGAAGUCAACUUCAAGCAGAUUGACUUGAAUCAGGGUCUCAUUUGGGAAGCAUCAGUGUCCAAUAAAAACUGUGUAGUUUUUUUUUAUUAUUAUUUGGAAAAUACUCAAGUUCCAGUUGUUUAUCCUCCUCCUUUACUUUCUGAAAACCUGGCAAUCCCAUGUGGACUUCUGGUAGAAUGAGCAAUGCAAAGAACUGGCUUGGACUUGGCAUGUCCUUGUACUUCUGGGGACUGAUGGACCUUACGACCACUGUUCUCUCGGGUACUGCAACACCACAAGGUGAAUUAGAAGCGCUCCUGUCAGAUGAGCCACAGUCACAUCAGCGGACCAAGAGGAGCUGGGUUUGGAACCAGUUUUUCGUUCUGGAAGAGUACACUGGGACCGACCCUUUGUAUGUCGGCAAGCUUCAUUCAGAUAUGGACAGGGGAGACGGAUCUAUCAAAUACAUCCUCUCGGGAGAAGGUGCUGGCAUCGUGUUUACCAUCGACGACACCACUGGAGACAUCCACGCCAUUCAGAGGCUCGAUCGAGAGGAAAGAGCCCAGUAUACUUUAAGGGCUCAAGCCCUAGACAGGCGUACAGGCAGGCCCAUGGAGCCAGAGUCAGAGUUCAUCAUCAAAAUUCAAGACAUCAAUGACAACGAGCCCAAGUUCCUGGACGGACCUUAUGUCGCCACUGUGCCAGAAAUGUCCCCAGUGGGUACCUCUGUCAUCCAGGUGACAGCCACGGAUGCAGAUGACCCGACCUAUGGCAACAGUGCCCGGGUGGUGUACAGCAUUCUCCAGGGACAGCCAUAUUUUUCUGUGGACUCUAAAACAGGUGUAAUUAGGACAGCGCUCAUGAACAUGGACAGAGAAGCCAAAGAAUACUACGAAGUGAUUAUCCAAGCCAAGGACAUGGGAGGGCAGCUUGGAGGAUUAGCUGGGACCACAACAGUCAACAUCACACUCUCGGAUGUCAAUGAUAACCCACCCCGCUUUCCCCAGAAACAUUACCAGAUGAGUGUGUUGGAAUCGGCUCCAAUUAGCUCCACUGUGGGGAGAGUGUUUGCCAAGGACUUGGAUGAAGGCAUCAAUGCAGAGAUGAAAUACACUAUUGUGGACGGAGAUGGUGCAGAUGCCUUUGACAUUAGCACAGAUCCCAAUUUCCAAGUUGGUAUCAUAACUGUGAAGAAGCCCCUGAGUUUUGAAAGCAAGAAAAGCUACACCUUAAAGGUGGAGGGAGCCAAUCCUCAUCUAGAGAUGCGCUUUCUGAACUUGGGCCCAUUUCAGGACACAACAACAGUGCACAUCAGUGUGGAAGAUGUGGACGAGCCCCCUGUAUUCGAACCUGGCUUUUACUUUGUGGAGGUGCCUGAGGAUGUGGCGAUUGGAACAACCAUACAGAUCAUUUCUGCCAAGGACCCAGAUGUGACCAACAACUCAAUCAGAUACUCCAUUGAUAGAAGCAGUGACCCUGGAAGAUUUUUCUAUGUUGACAUUACAACAGGUGCCCUAAUGACUGCAAGACCCCUGGAUCGGGAAGAAUUUUCUUGGCAUAAUAUCACUGUCCUUGCUAUGGAAAUGAACAAUCCCUCCCAGGUUGGAAGUGUUCCUGUCACAAUCAAAGUCUUAGAUGUGAAUGACAAUGCUCCAGAGUUCCCCAGAUUUUAUGAAGCUUUUGUCUGUGAGAACGCCAAGGCAGGACAGCUGAUCCAGACAGUGAGUGCAGUGGACCAAGAUGACCCACUCAAUGGCCAGCAUUUCUACUACAGCUUGGCUCCUGAGGCUGCUAACAACCCCAACUUCACCAUAAGGGACAACCAAGAUAACACAGCCCGGAUUCUAACCAGAAGGUCUGGUUUCCGGCAGCAGGAGCAAAGUGUCUUUUACCUGCCCAUCCUGAUAGCAGAUAGCGGGCAGCCUGUGCUGAGCAGCACAGGUACCCUGACCAUCCAAGUGUGCAGCUGUGAUGACGACGGCCACGUCAUGUCCUGCAGCCCAGAGGCCUACAUGCUCCCAGUCAGUUUGAGCCGGGGUGCCCUCAUUGCCAUCCUGGCCUGCAUCUUCGUCCUCUUAGUGCUGGUGUUGCUUAUUUUGUCCAUGAGGCGGCACCGGAAACAACCAUACAUCAUCGACGACGAGGAAAACAUCCACGAGAACAUCGUCCGCUACGACGACGAGGGCGGCGGCGAGGAGGACACCGAGGCCUUCGACAUCGCGGCCAUGUGGAACCCCCGGGAGGCGCAGGCAGGGACCGCCCCCAAGACGCGGCAGGACAUGCUGCCGGAGAUCGAGAGCCUCUCCCGCUACGUGCCUCAGACGUGCGCCGUGAACAGCACCGUCCACAGCUACGUGCUGGCCAAGCUCUACGAGGCCGACAUGGACCUGUGGGCGCCGCCCUUCGACUCCCUUCAGACGUACAUGUUCGAGGGGGACGGCUCUGUGGCGGGGUCGCUGAGCUCCCUGCAGUCGGCCACGUCGGACUCGGAACAGAGCUUCGACUUCCUGACGGACUGGGGGCCCCGCUUCCGGAAGCUGGCCGAGCUCUACGGGGCGUCGGAGGGGCCCUCGCCACUGUGGUGACGGAAGCCGAGAGGCAGGUGCGUGUCCAAAUCCAGACGUUCUCCGCGGGUGCUUCGCAGACAAGGUGCAGCCGACCACACGAGCAAUACUGUGCUGGAGAGUGAGAAUAGGGGUGAGCAGGAGAACAGAGCUCUCUCUGGAUCAGCUUUACUUGGUUAGAUUAAGUUAAAUAAGCAAAAGGAAACCCAGGAAGAAGAGGGGAGAAUCUUGGAUUACCUUUUUUUUUCUUUUCUUUUCUUUUUGAUUUUUCUAACGCUGUGCGCGAAGGCUAGGAGUCCAAGGUGUUAUGGCAGGGGUGGCUUUUCCCUGCCAUUCGCCAAGGCCUUUGUCACUUUUCCACCGCAAAAAGGCUCUGGCCUUGGAUACAGAGAUGCCAAUUGAAAGCAUAAAGUUAUCCUCUCACAUCUGUUUUUUUAUCUUAUCGUAUUCUCCAUUUAAGAGUUUUGCUGGCUCAUCAAACCACAGAAACCAACCAACAGGAAAGAACAGAAAACUUGUUAUUCAGUGAAAUUAACCUACUUGUUCUGGGAUGGAUGGAAUUUCUUGUAACCCUUUUGAGACAAGGUUAAGACUGAAUCAGCCUUGCAUGGGGGUAGAUGGGUGGGAGGGUGGGUGAAGGAAGAGACACUGACUUUAUGCCCAAGUUUAGCGGCUGAACCAAGAGGUGUUGGCAUUACAGCUCAUCCAAUGCCAAGUUCGAGUGCUCCUGUUUCCUCUCAGCUCUUUAACUGUGCCCCUGCAAAAUUGUUCAGAAUGAAACCAGAAAAAUCUGCCUCUUUUGCACUGUAGAUGUCUCUUCCAUGUGCCAAAUGUGGAUAUUAGAUGCUACAAAUGAAAGCCAAAUAAAAAGAAGUAUCUGAUAAAAGCAUGGGUUAGAGGGCUUUCCUAAUCUGUGUGAGGUCAAUCCAAUGGAUGUUUACAUACUGUAGAUAACCUACUUGAACAAAAAUCAGUAUUAUAGAGAAUAAAUGGAUGUAAGAAAAUUACAUGUACAAGUUUUGUAUAUUUGUUAAUAAUUUUGGUAAUAAAUAUGAUGUACUGCAUCUCAGUACCUUAGCACUUCUUUUAAUAAAAGUUAAAUAGAA